AUGACCUACGACCCCUACUCCUCCUACCGUCGGCCCUGGGACGUCUUCCGAGGACCCCCGGCCGCCCUCAAGCCCGCCAUGCCGUCCUGCCUCUACGGCACCUCUUCCCCCCGCCCGCCUCCCUCCGCCGCCGCCGCCGCCGCGGGACCCCGGAGGCUCCAGAGGCCGGCCGUCUCCUACCCUUCCUCCUGGGCCUCCGCCUCCUGCUGGGGCCCGGCCGGCGGGGCCUCGGACCGGCUGGACCUGGCCCAGGCCAGCUCCCAGAACACGGAGCUGCUGGGCGUGCGCUCCCAGGAGCGGGAGCAGCUGGGCGGCCUCAACGACCGCUUCGCCACCUACAUCGAGAAGGUGCGGCGGCUGGAGCUGCAGAACCGCGCGCUCCUGGCCCAGCUGGAGGCCCUGCGGCGGCGGCAGGCCGAGCCGUCGCGCCUGCACGCCCUCUACGAGGGGGAGGCCCGGGGCCUGCGCGCCGCCGUCGACGGCGAGAGCUGCGAGAAGGCGCGGGCCGAGGAGGUGCGCGAGCACCUGCGCGGCGUCCUGGAGGAGCUGAGGGAGCGCUGCGAGGCGGAGAGCCAGCGGCGGCUGGAGGCGGAGGAGGAGCUGGGCCGGGCGCGCGAGGAGGCCGGGCGGGCGGCGCUGGCCGGCGCCGACGCCGAGGCGUCCCUGGCCACGCUGGCCGACGAGCUGGGCUUCCUGAAGAAGGUGUUCGGCGAGGAGCACGCCGAGCUGACGGCGCAGGUGCAGCAGCAGCAGCAGGCGGCGGCGUGCGCGGGCGUGGAGGCGGAGGUGAGCCGGCCCGACCUGUCGUCCGCCCUGCGGGACAUCCGGGGGCAGUACGAGCGGCUGGCGGCCCGGAACCGGCAGGGCGCCGAGGACUGGUACCGCGGCAAGUUCGCCAGCGUGGCGGAGGCGGCGAGCCGGAACGGGGAGGCGGUGCACGCCAUCCGCGAGGAGACGCUGGAGUACCGCCGCAUGCUGCAGACGCGCUCGGCCGAGGUGGAGGGCCUGCGCGCCGUGGUGGACUCCCUCACGCGGCAGACGCAGGAGCUGGAGGAGACGCAGGAAGGGGAGGUGGAGAAGUGUCAGAUAAGGAUCGGCGAGCUGGAGACGGACAUCUCGGACGCCAAGCAGGAGAUGUCUCGCUACCUGAGGGAGUACCAGGACCUGCUCAACGUCAAGAUGGCGCUGGACAUCGAGAUCACGGCCUACCGGAAACUCUUGGAGGGGGAGGAGUUUCGGCUGGCCUAUCCGGCGCCUCCGGGCCUGAUGUAA